AUGACACUCUGGUCUUCCCCUGGCUUAGGACACGUUUUUGGCAAGUCGACGAGAAAGGAAUUUUGCUACGAUAACCUGCACAUCAGUCGCAAUGCGUGGGACACCAACCUUGUUAAGGUCAACCCCGAAUACCUUUCCGUGAACUGGGAGGCCAGCGGUGGCGGUGCCUUUGCCGUCAUUCCUCUCAAUGAGCGAGGGAAGCUCCCCGAUCAGAUGCCCCUCUUCCGGGGUCAUACCGCCGCCGUUCUUGAUACAGACUGGCUCGCUGGUCACUCGAGAAAGGUUGGACAGGUCCUAUUCAACCCAGCCGCCGAGAACAUCCUCGCCUCCGCUUCAGGAGACUUCACCAUCAAGCUCUGGGAUAUCUCUGCUGGCCAGGCCCACCAGACCCUGCGCCACACCGACAUCGUCCAGAGUUUGACGUGGAACGCCACCGGUACCCUCAUGGCCACGACCUCCCGCGACAAGAAGAUUCGCGUGUGGGAUGUGCGCCAGGAGAGGGCCGUCAGCGAGCACGCCGGUCAUGCCGGUGCCAAGAACAGCAGGGCCGUCUGGAUGGGUGAACACAACAGGAUCGUGACCACCGGCUUCUCACGCAUGAGUGAGAGGCAGAUUGCGCUCUGGGAGCCAGGUAACUCGGAGCCGAUUGGCGGCUUUACCAUGCUCGAUUCGAUCUCGGGUGUUUGCAUGCCUUUCUGGGAUGAGGGGUCUAACUGCCUAUACCUCGCCGGCAAGGGCGACGGAAACAUCCGAUACUUCGAGUACGAGAAUGACAAGUUCGAGUUCCUCACCGAGUACAAGUCUGGCGAGCCUCAGCGAGGUAUCGCCUUCCUACCCAGGCGUGGCCUCCAUGUCCAUGAGAAUGAGGUCAUGAGGGCCUACAAGACCGUAAACGAUUCCUACAUCGAGCCCAUCUCCUUCACAGUCCCCCGCCGCGCCGAGACCUUCCAGUCCGAUAUCUACCCCCGCCACCGGCCCCAAGGCUGCCACGUUCUCGGCACCUCCCCGCGGCGAAGCCCAAGGAGGAGCCCAAGCCCGCUCCCCGCCGCCUCUGGCCCGUCCCAGGCCUCGGUUCCCGUGCGCCAGCCCGUGUCGACCUCCGACCAGAAGGCCUCCAUCUCGGCCAUGGCCAACAAGUACCAAGACCAGGAGGAGGACAGCGACGACGAUGACGACGCUUCCAGCUUCGAGGAGGUCUCGAGGCCGCCUCAGCGCGCCGCCGCUCCGGCUGCGAGGGAGGAGCCCAAGCCUAGGUCACCCGUUAAGGCGGAACCGGCUCCGCGCCCCUCCGGUGGCAAUAUCUCGGCAGACGUCUACGACUCGCUACAGGAUAUCAAGCAGAUGAUUCAGGAGCAACAGAAGCUUCUCCGUGCCCAGAGCGACCAGAUUGUCCAUCUGACACAGGAAAUUGAGACACUGAAGAGGAAGGUCGCGUCUGGGUCCCAGGACCAGAGCGAGAGAAUCAGGCAGCUCGAGCUUGAGCUUGAGGCUCUCCGCUCUUAG